AACUUGCACAUUAUAAAACUCGUGUUUUUGAUUUAGAGCAAACAUUACUUGAUACACAGAGUUCUAUGGAAGAAUUCCAAUCUUCGUCAAGAGAAUUGGAAGAAGAACUUGAACGUGAAUUAGAACAAUCAGAAAGAAGAUAUGUUGAUAUAAAAGCAAAGAAUGAAAUGUUGAAAGAUGAAGUAGAUCAAUGGAAGCAAAAAUAUUACCAAGCUAGGUCUGAUGCCAAUGUCACACAACAACAAAUGCAAAGAGAACUUGAUAGUUUAAGAAAUGUUGAAAAGACAUAUGCUGUAAAAACUCGCGAGUUGGAACUUGACAAUGAUGAUUUAGAAAGAACAGAAAGAGCUGCAAAAAGUUCAUUGCAAGAUUUAGAAAACAAAUAUAAUAAAGCAAUAGAGCGUAAUGCAAUCUUAGAAAAUGAAUUAGAAGGAAAGAAUAUAUUAAUUGUCCAAGUACAAAGAUUAAAAGAUGAAUUAAGAGAUGUAAAUAUAGAAUUGGCUAUAUUGAAAAAUCAACAAGAUGGUGAAUAUGGCCCACCACCACCAUCAUCAGCUUCCCAACUAUAUUCAAUACAUAAGACAGAAUUAUCACGCUCACCAUCACAUGUGUCUAUCGAUUCAAAUUCAUCUGACGUUAGUCCAAAUCCGGUAAAAAUGGUACAAGAAAUGGUUGGCCGGGUCAAGAGUUUGGAAGCACGUUUAGUAUCAUGUCGUUCACUAGUUACACCUUUAUUAGCACCACCUCCAUCAUAUAGCACAACAAUGCCAUUACAAAAUGGUAUAAAUUCACCCCCAUUAUCACCAAAAACUUCACGUUUUGAUUCACCUUACAUCACAUCUCUGAAAGAAAAAAGACGUAAUUCUGUUCAAAAAUCAAAAUUUAAUAUUUCACCUACUCCAACUAAAUUAAGCUCAUUUGGCAGGGUUUAA